AUGAGUUCAUACCCAUUCUCACAAAAGAGAAGCGGGCCCACGCCUGGAGACUACGGAGGGGCCCUCGUAUUCUGUGUCUCGUUGGCACGUCAACUAUGUCAACCCACUUCUCUCACAUCCACAUGCCACACGUGCCAAUCUUUUGACCAGGAAGGAGACGUAAUGCAUCCAUAUCAUCGCUGUCCUCACUAUCUCCUGUGCUCCCCCAUCUGCUGGUGCUUCUCGUGAAUACCGUGCGAUCCGAUGAAUCCCGACGACGAGAUCGUAUACGAUACGACGCCCCGCCUCAUCCGCGUCUUCAAGAGCGGCCGCGUCGAGCGCUACCUCUGCACAGACGCCACGCCCGCCUCCGUCGACCCCGCCACCGGAGUCUCGUCCAAGGACGUGCUCGUCUCGCCGGAAACCGGAGUCUCGGCCCGCCUGUACAUCCCGAGGCUCCGCGAAGGCGAUCGACCGGAGAAGAAGCUCCCCGUCCUCGUUUACUUCCACGGCGGUGGCUUCUGCCUCGGCUCUGCCUUCAUCCCGCUGUUUCACAACUACCUCAAUUCCCUCGUCGCUCAGGCCCACGUCAUCGCCGUCUCGGCCGACUACCACCUCGCUCCGGAGCACCCAGUCCCCACCGCCCACGACGACUCGUGGACGGUCCUCCGCUGGGUGGCCGGCCACGCGGGAGGAGGGGGGGCGUCCGCGGCGGAGGCGUGGCUGGCGGAGCGCGCCGACUUCGAGCGGGUGUUCCUCGCGGGCGAGAGCGCGGGGGCCAACAUAGCCCACCACAUGGCCAUGCGAGCGGGGAUCGGCGGGCUGCCGUGCGGCGUGAGGAUCCGCGGCGUCGCGCUGAUCCACCCGUACUUCCUGGGAUCGGACAGGGUGGAAUCGGCGGAGAUUUACCCGGCGGCGACGGAGAACCUGGAGACGCUGUGGAGGACGAUGUGCCCGUCGUCGUCGGGGUUGGACGACCCAAUGAUCAACCCGGUGGCCGAGGCGGCGCCGAGCCUGGCGGGCUUGGGCUGCGACCGGGCGCUGGUGUGCGUAGGCGGGGCGGACGCGCUGAGGGACCGGGGACGGGCGUACUAUGGCAGGCUGAGGGAGAGUGGAUGGGAAGGGGAGGCGACGCUGUUCGAGGCGGAAGGGAAAGCGCACACUUUCCAUCUCUUCGAGACGGACUGCGAGGAAGCCAUAGCCCAACACAGGGCUGUUUGCUCCUUCCUUAAUCUUUAGUUGCAUGUGAUGAGUGGAUGGCAAGAGCGAUUCCGGCGAUCUCACUGAAUCGAUCCUCUUUGGUCGUGAGAGUUUGAAUCAUGUCAAUUCAUGGUUGGUUUGGCUAUGAACAAGUUUGAUCCUUUGGCUGUUGACAAAAAGGGUUGUUCUUUCUUUUGGUAUUUGGGAUCAGAAAUGCUUGAAGGCGAUUCAAUUACUUUUAAUUUUAAAUGAGGUUCAGAUGCUUUUUGGUCGA